GUAUAGAUAUGUAUGCAUGAAUAAGAUAUAUGUUAGAAAUGUAUGCAUGGAUAGGAUAUGUUAGCAGCAGUUAUUUUAAAACAAUCUCACCUUGUAAGUAUAAUUGUGUGUGAGUGUGAGAGAGAGAGUCACAAACCCAAUCUAGUACAUACUGCUGGUACUCUAUUGGUCAUCUGUUACCUUUAUACAUUUGAUUGAAAUUGGAAAUGGUAGGGCCCGCCCUAAUGUUCUAUUCCAUUAGCAUCGGUGAUUAUUCCAUUUUAUAUGCGUUGGUGGAUGGGGUACCUUCGCCUUUUUUCUACCUUUAAUUUAUCCUGAAGCCAGUCUGGCGGAUAAUAUUGCUAUCCUUUUGUCACUUCGAAUAACCCAAUGGUAUAAUAAUUAAAAUAAAUAAAUAAUAAGCUCCAUUAUUUCUUAUGUUUGUGUGUAUUUAUGUGCCCGGGUAAUUUUGUGUUGAUAACUCUAGUUUAUGAGGGUUUGUGGCAUCUCUGAACUUGAUGUAGGGACACUUCCAUGAUUCCAUCCAUUCAUACAUAGCUCAUGGCAUUUGAACAAAACUUCCAAGAACCUACAGCGCAUCUUGAAUCCGAUGGAGAUGUUUUGCUAAAGCAAAGAUGGAAGGCAAUUUCAGCUCCAACAACGGUUUCUGAAAAUGUGAAUGGCUGCUUUGAGUGCAAUAUCUGCUUAGAUUCUGCACAGGACCCUGUGGUCACCCUAUGCGGUCAUCUUUACUGCUGGCCUUGCAUUUACAAGUGGAUCCAUGUCCAAAGCAGUUCCCCAGAAUCACAUGAGCAGCCCAAGUGCCCUGUCUGCAAAACUAACAUCUCUGAUUCUUCCCUAGUGCCACUAUAUGGCCGUGGGGAGUCCGAUGCCAAGAGGCCCCAGUUGGAUCUGGUGAUACCCCGCAGACCACCUGCUCUUGGGGUGCACACCCUGGUAACUUCCAUGGCUUCCCAUCCAAAUCAACAUUUGCAUCCCAAUCCUUUCCAGUCACAGCCUCAGCCUUUUAAUCACCAACAAUACUUCCCUCACCCUUAUGGGAAUCAUGCCUCCAUGGCAUCGUCUAACUUUGGAGGCGCUGCAAUGACUAGAGUUUUCAGUCCAACGGUUGGGAUGUUUGGUGACAUGGUAUUUUCUAGGAUGUUUGGGAGCUCGGAUACAAGUUUAUUCACGUAUCCUUAUCAGAAUUCUUACCCUGUCACGGGAGGUGGCAGCCCUAGGAUGAGAAGGCAGGAAAUGCAGGUUGACAAGUCUCUUAACCGAGUAUCCAUCUUUCUUUUUUGUUGCUUCGUUUUGUGCCUUCUCUUGUUCUGAGUGACUAUUUUCUUCACACUGUAUAGCUGUAAAAAUUAUGGGAUAAAACUCCCGAACAGUCACCGAUAGAUCAGAGUUAUAUAUAUAUACUAUCAUGUAAUUAUUACUAAUGUUGUAUAAUUCAUUUUAUUCCACACCUA